UCCUGUACUAGCGCUGUAGUCUCCUCCCACUCAUGAGAAAUUGAGCUAAGUCUUGACUUGUGGUUGAAAUAAGAACAUAAUUGGCUUAACUUACUCCAAAAUUGUUAAUUUCGCGAUUCAUGUGGUUAUAAUGGACACGGUAGCUUCAUCUUUACGAUGCUUUGAGGAGUGUCAUCCACUGGAGCUGUUCAAAGACGACGGAUUACAAACCGUGACUUCAGACGAACAGAGGAAAGUCGAACGCAGUAUCCAAAAUGUAUUCAGUACUUACCAGCAAAUGCACAGUUCGCCACAACCUGCGUUACUGAGGGAGCAACACUACCAGUAUCUUAAAAAAGGUUUACGCCAUCUUUCAGAUGCAUACGAGUGUCUGGACGCCAGCCGGCCCUGGCUCUGCUACUGGAUCCUGCACAGCCUGGAGCUGCUGGAGGAGCCUGUGCCUGCCUCCGUCGCCUCAGACGUGUGUGACUUCCUGUCACGGUGCCAGAGCUCCAGAGGAGGGUUCGCCGGGGGCCCCGGCCAACAUCCACACCUGGCCCCCACCUACGCGGCUGUCAACGCCCUCUGCAUCAUCGGCACGGAAAAGGCCUACAACGUCAUUAACAGGGACAAGCUUCUGGACUUCCUGUUCUCCGUCAAGCAGCCAGAUGGCUCCUUUGUGAUGCAUGUGGGUGGUGAGGUAGAUGUCAGGAGUGCCUACUGUGCGGCGUCGGUGGCCUCUCUCACAAACAUCAUAACGCCCGCUCUGUUUGAGGGAACGCAGCACUGGAUCCUGAGUUGUCAGAACUGGGAGGGAGGUCUUGGAGGGGUACCAGGCCUGGAGGCUCAUGGGGGUUACACCUUCUGUGGCAUGGCAGCCAUGGUGAUCCUGGGCAAGGAGCACAUGCUGGAUCUCAAGGCCUUAUUACGCUGGGUGACCGGUAAACAGAUGCGCUUCGAGGGCGGCUUCCAGGGGCGCUGCAACAAACUGGUGGACGGCUGCUACUCCUUCUGGCAGGCGGGGCUCCUCCCUCUACUCCACCGGGCGCUCUUUACAGAAGGGGACUCGACGCUCAGUCUAACCAACUGGAUGUUUGAGCAGCAGGCCUUGCAGGAGUACAUUCUUCUCUGCUGCCAGAACCCGGCCGGUGGCCUCCUGGACAAGCCGGGCAAAUCUAGAGACUUCUACCACACGUGCUACUGUCUGAGUGGGCUCUCGAUCGCACAGCACUUUGGGAACAGGGAUCUCCACCACGAGCUGGUUCUCGGCAGAGGAGAAAACAAGCUGGCCCCAACCCAUCCGGUGUAUAAUAUAUGCCCAGAGAAAGUCGGCCAAGCCAUACAACACUUCCACAGGCUGCCGGUGCCAGAGGGGCCCAGGGCAGAAGCAGCCACGGGAGAGACAGGUGCCAUGGACCAGCUAUAGGCCCGGAGCAGCCCAACCACCGGAGCAUGCUGACCUGGGGACACAGCUGAAGCCGGGGCCCUUUUAGAUGCUAUAGCCGGGGCAGUGCACCUCUGCUGGGAGUAGGUCCACGCGGAGACACAUGGCCAAAGCCAGCAGCAGCUGCUGGAGGAAAGACUUUUGGUUUGCUCGAGUGACAGGCGGAGAAUCGGGGAUGGAAGGCGUGACGGAGUCGAGCUUGGUUCGAGUCAAGAGGCCAUGUGCAUUCUUUUUUUUGUAUGCGUUUUACAACUGUUAAGUUUAGGGACUGAUACGCAAAUAAAACAUCAAUUGCUGUCUA